AUGCAGAACAUCGAAUUGCAGAAGGUCGAAGAAGAAAGCUUCCUUCUUUUCUUCUUCUGGCUACGGUAGAGAAGUGCUGUAAUGGAGAUGGUGGGGAGCAUGAUGAGUGUAAGGACGUUGGUGGUGCGUGUAUUGCCUGGUUUCCUUCUUGCAUGGGCAGUGUGGAAGGUGCUGUAUGAGGUGUGGUGGAAGCCAUGGAGGAUUCAAAGCUGGUUGAACAAACAGGGAAUCCAUGGCCCAUCCUUCCAGCUCUUCUUCGGCAAUGCUAGAGAGACCAUGAGCAUGUUCUUCGAGGCUUGGUCCAAACCCAUGAGCUUGUGCCACGAUAUAGCCCCACGAGUCCUUCCAUUCUUUGAUCACGUUGUCAAGAAAUAUGGCAAGAUGUGCGUGGUUUGGUAUGGAAACAUACCUGUGGUUAUUGUCUCGUCUCCGGACCUUGUGAAAGAGGUUCUCACAAAUAGGUCUGGCGAGUUUGUCAAGGCACCACCCCCACCAUCCAUGAGGUCGAUUGUCACCGGGAUUAUCAUUCGUGAAGGCGAAAAUUGGGCUGCCCACAGGAAGAUCCUUAACCCAGCGUUUCAUCUUGAACAACUGAAGGGAUUGCUGCCAACUUUUUCUUUCAGCUGUAGUGAACUUCUGAACAAAUGGGACAAGUCAGUUGCUGCCAGUGGAUCCUGUGAAUUGGAUGUGUUCGCUGAGCUACAGACACUCACUGAGAAUGUGAUCUCAAAGCUGGUGUUUGGAAGGAAUCAUUUAGAGGGAAAGCGGCUCUUCGAGAUCCAAAAAGAGCAAGCUGAAAUGGCUUUCAAGGCUCUUUGGAAAAUUCAGUUGCCUGGAUUCAGAUUCGUUCCAACAAAGGAAAACAUUAGAGCGAAGAAGCUAAACGAUGAAUUGACAAGAAUUCUGCAAGACAUGAUAAGGAAGAGGAUCAAGGAGAUGAAGACGGAAGAUGCAAGGAAUGGUGACUUGUUGGCAAUGCUGCUGGAGGCGUACAUGAUUGACAAUGAUCCAGAAGAACCAGGGAGCUUCAAGAAGAUUGGGAUAUCAAGGGAUGAUGUAGUAGAAGAAUGCAAACUGUUCUACUUUGCAGGGCAGGGGACUACUGCAGUCCUAUUGACAUGGACCAUGGUUGUGCUGUCUAUGCAUCCAGAAUGGCAAACGCGUGCAAGAGAUGAGGUUCUUCGAACAUGCGGAAACGAAAUUCCGACAUUCGACCACUUGAACCAAUUAAAAAUUGUUACCAUGGUUCUGUGUGAAGUUCUGAGGUUGUAUCCUCCAGUAGUAAUGCUGGCAAGACAUGCAUCCAAGACAAUGAAGGUGGGAAAUUUUGAGAUCCCUGCUGGAGUGCAACUGCUAUUACCUACGCUGUUAAUUCAACAUGAUCCUGAGCUUUGGGGUGAUGACUCAAAAGAGUUUAAACCAGAAAGAUUCGCCGAGGGUGCCGCGAAUGCCUCCAAACAUCAACUGGGAUUCUUCCCAUUCAGCUGGGGACCGAGAGUCUGCAUUGGUCAGAACUUUACCAUGGUUGAAGCAAAGUUGGUGCUAGCCAUGAUUCUGCAACAGUUUUCUUUUGAGCUCUCUCCUUGCUAUAGUCAUGCACCUUCCCCUGUUUUAACUCUUCAACCUCAACAUGGAGCCCAUCUCAUCUUGCAUAAAAUCUAGUGUCAUGAUGUCAGGGCUUCGUUUGUGUGCUCUCGCCUGGUUGUCGAAUAAGGAGAGCUUCACCAACCAAGUGUUUGUGCCCUUAGUUGACCUUGUACUCUGAUGAAUUGUAAAAUUUAAUUUGGUGGGCAAUGUCAUCACUUUCUUUUCUACAAGAGAGGAGGUAGUUUCUGGUAGAAAAACUAAACACGCAAUUGAAUGUACCUUCUGUUAGUAAUUCAAGGUCUUACAAAAGGAAGGUGAUAGAAAGUAAAAGGAAAAUAAAUGCAUGCAAGAAACUCUUAGGGCUCUAUAGAUCAGAGAACCAGCUUGUACAAUUUAUUGGUACCUAUCUUCUCCUUGGACAUGGUAGCUACUUUUUCCAGAUUACUUCAUUUCUGGAGUGAUUUUUCACCUGGCAGUAAUGACAGAUAUAUGUUCCACCAUUUUGCUCAUUCCAUUGAUUGUUCAAGAAUGUAGGCACCAACGUUAUCGGCUCUUUUCAAUUUAUUUAUUGGAAGGAUUAUGUGUUCAAUUUAUAAUGACACUUAUGAUUAAGAUAUUAUUGUUCAA